GCACAAAGAACCUUUAUGUACUUCGUUUUGCUUCCUGUUUUCAAUUGGUGUAUAUGGAAUCUACUGAAAAUGUCAGAUGUGUUAAUUAUCAUUGCCUUAGUUUCUGUUGGUAUAUGCACAUCUACCCUCGUCGCAAACGUAUCAGAAGAGUGUUUCGGCAACACACAUAGUAAUUUUCUGUUUCCAUCCUGCUUCUCCGGCCAGGUAAUGUAUGUCCAUGAUGUGUAUUCCUACGCUAAGACGUUAGAUUCUAGGUGUCCACAAAUACAGACAUCAAACGGGAAUGCUUCUGAAGGAUGCUGUGCUUACUACAAUGCAACAGAAGAUUGUGGGAUGCGCUACUAUGGGCCAAAUGGAGAUCUUACAAUCUACUCUGACUGUAGCGGAAGUGUUUCCUGUCAGAAAGCUGUCGGAUGGAAUGAUACCAUAAAAGAGUGUAAUCAAUCAGUGUUUUUACCACAAACAAAUUAUAUGCAGUUAAACUAUCACUGCAUUGAAGAGAUAGAAAUUUGUAGCAUGUGUUCUUGUAAUGCGUCUGGGACUUCAUUAUACAUAUGGAAUGGAGAGUAUCCAAACGCUAUGAAUGACUGUUCUUUAACAUCUGGAUGUUCCUGUUCAAUAACAUCAAGCAGAAGUUCUCAAAUACAAUUAAUUGCUUUUGACGUCCGAUUUAAAAUGAAUUCUACCACUGGUGACUGUGCUCAAAGACUACACAUACAAGAUGAUGAAUCAGAAUUCGACAUUGCGUGUGAUGAUCAAAAUGCGUUUGAGAAACGAACGGCUUAUAUAAGUACAACUAAUCGCAUAAAACUCCGGCUUGAUAACAGUUUGGAAGUGUCAAAUGGGUAUUUUUGGAUUCAAGUACAAGCGAUUGACGGUACUGAUACGUUAACUUUAACCUGUGGUAAGGAGAACGCUACAUAUGGCUGCAAUGAUAAUUUUACAAUUAUAUCGGAGAACGUCACAGAAUUUAUCCUACCUGAAAAAGACAGAAGGGAUAGCGCCGCCGAGAGUGGUAACAGUGGGGGUAUCGGUACUAUAAUAGGAGUCGUUGUCGCAAUAAUUGUUCUUGUGGCUUUGGCAUUGCUAGCUUUUAAGUUAUGGAAGCGAUAUAAAGACAAACAUACGAAGGUGGACCCGAAACCGGAUCCAGAGACAGAUACGGACGAUGAUGAUAUGUUUAAUAACAACGACCAAACACCAAUAACAAGCCGUGCACCUGAGUCUGUACUUAUCCGCAUGAACACAAAUGUAUAGGUCGAAACACUAAGACUGC